AUGUCCGACCCCAGUGACCCCAACGAGUCAGCUCUCAUCCACGAGGCCUCGCACGAAAACUCCAUAGAUCACGAUCAGCCAGAAGACACAUCUGCUGCGGGCGAUAGAUCUGUGGAUGACGUCGUUGCAGAAAGCGAUAGAACGUCGUCCGAAAAGGAGGGCGGGGAGCUCGUUGAUGAAGAACAUCUCGACAACGAUCGCGAAGAUCACGAAACCCACAAAGACGAAGCUGAGAAGAGCGAAAACAUCGAUGUCGAGCCGGUCAGCCCCACAGUGUCCAAAGUCUCAGCACCAUCGACCCCUUCUUCCGCCGCUGCUCGUGCUACCGGUACUCCAAAGACCAGCACAACUGUGUCAGCUGCAACUCGAAGGGCUGUCGGCGGUGCUCGACCGUCCGUAACAGGCACGACAACGGGUCGAACAGCGCUCCCCGCAGUUCCAGCCGGCGCUGCACGUACAGGCGUCGCAGGACGUCCUAUCGUCACUUCCGCUCGCGGAGCUACAGCUACGGCCGCUUCGAGAACCGGCGCUACUAGUGCUCGUCCAGGCGCAAUGGGUCGAACGAGCUUAGCGCCCGGUAGUUCCGCUAGUACCGGUAACACCGCUGCUCGUCCAGGUGUAGCGGGUCGUACUAGCCUGGCACCAGGCAGUGCCACUAGUGCUGGUAUCGCCGCGGCCCGUCCAGCUGCGGCCGCAGCCAGAUCAUCCACAGCAAGCACAGCAGCCACUGCAGUCCGGCCUGUGCCCGCCUCCACAUCCGCAGCUGCGGGACGACGUGUUCCUGCUGUGCCUUCGUCGCCAGCUGCAAGCACAACCAGUGCCACAGGGGUGCGUCGAGCUGCUGGGGUAGCUUCUGCUGCUCCUCCAGCUGCCAGCACAGCUCCAGUACGUAAGGUUGUUGGGGUCGUGCCUGCUGCUGCCUCGUCCACGACAGCGGCUCGAAGGCCUCCUGUCUCGUCAACUGCAGGUGCAGUUGCCGCUUCUCUCACGACAAAAAGAGCAUCGGUUGCCGGAUCAAGCUCAUCGUCGAGUGGAGGGCCUGCUGCAGGGACCGCUGCUGCUCGACGCGCAUCUGUGACGAGCAAUAGUGCAAGCGCUACUGGUACAACCGCGCGCCAAGUUUCGGCAGCUCGACCCAGCCUGGCUGCGUCAGCACGACCAGGUGCUGUCUCUGCGACAGCGUCUACUGUUGCUAGGAAGAGCCUUGCUCCAGUCGGAUCCACAACGACUGCCUCCGUCAAAGAUCUGCAAGACAAGGUUGCCAAGUUGGAGGCGGAGCUAGCCGAGCAGAGCGACCAGUUGGAUUCGCUCAAAUCCGAUCUCGAGACCAAGGACGAAGAGCUGCAAGCCAAGACGGUGAGCCUCUCUGCUGCCGAGGCCAAACUUGCUGAUGCAAAGGAGUCUGCGGCGAAGUCAGAGGAGCAGUCCGGCCCAGCCUCAUUCGACCGGGUCAAAGAGCUGGAAGCUGAGGUAGAGCGGCUUCGAACCCAAACCGGCUCGUCCGAUGAGCAGCGCGCCAAUCAAACCUCUCAACACAAUAGUGCUAUUAGCGAGAAGGAAGAGCUCAUUGCCACUGCACACAGCAAGAUUGACGACCUCGAGGCCCAGCUAAGCGAGGCUCGUUCCGCUCUCGAAAACGCUUCAUCUGCACGAGAUGCAAGUGCAAAGGUAUCGGACCCAAACGAAUCCGAGGUUGUGGCAGCCCUCCAGCAGCAACUCACUGAAAGUCUCAAACGAAUCGAGGAACAUCAGAUCAGUGCAAAGCAAGCGCAUGAUGAGACCCUGUCCGCCAACAAAGCUAUUGCCGAACUGGAGCAACGCGUUCAGCAGUUGACUUUGGACCAUGAGCAGAAGGCCGCGGCCGGUGAUUCUCAACUUACAGAACAGCGCCAGGCUCACGAAUCUUUGGUCAAAGAGGCCAACGACAAAGCAUCCGCCUUGACGUCUCAGAACAAAAGGCUCCAGGCUGAGCUCGAUGAACUGAAGUCUCAGCUUCUCGAAGCUCAGAAUAAGGUCACCAAAGCAAGCGCAACCGACGAAGAGGUCAAUUCGGCCUUGGCUGAGAAGGAAGCGCAGGUGGACUCUCUAGAACAGAGUCUUCAAGCUUUGCAAGGAAAGUUCGCUGAGCUACAAGCUGUUGAAGCAGAGCUGCAAAAGCAAGUCUCGACGCUCGCGGAAAGAGAGCAACGCAUUAAAGAUUUAGAAGAUCAAAUGGAGGCCGAUUCUUCCGCAUUCGAAACCAGACUCGUUGAGGCCGUCGCUGCUGCUGAAGCUGCAGCCCUCGCCAAAGCUCAGUAUGAACACCAGCAAGAGCGAGCUUCUGUAGACUCGCAGCACGGUGAAGCGCUCUCCAAAGCGAUCGAGCAGGCUCGAACGGAAGCAGAGCAAAAACAUGCGGCCAUCCUCGAAGAUGCUGUUAACAGCGCUCGGCGUGAGCUGUCGGCUGAGCAUGCAAAAACGCUCGAACGUGAGCUCGAGCAAGCUAACGCCAAACAUGCUGAACAGAAGGAGAGCGAGCUCGAAGCCGCUCGACGCGAUGCCGAGGAGCAGGUCCGUAUUGCUCUGCAGAAGGAACACCAGGCGGCUUUGAAAGAGGCACAAGCUUCAGAUGCCUCUCGACAUGCUGAGGAGCUCUCCGCGUUGGCCACUGCACACGAGACUACUCUCUCGCAAACUCGUGAGCAGCACGCUUUGGAGCUCUCGUCUCGUCACGAUGAAGCCGAGGAGCGCCUCAAACAAAUGCAGCAAAACCUGGAACAGGUGAAAGCCGAACUCGCGUCUCAAGAGUCAAAGUAUGCUGCUCAGGUUGCCGAGAUCAAGGCCGAGCAUGAUCAAAAGGUGAAGGAUGCCUUUGAACAGGCACGUGCCGAAGCGGGAAAGCAUCACUCAACCGAACUUCAAGGUCUCAAGGAGCAAUCGGCCAAGACGCUCGAACAAAUUCGCAAAUCGCACGCUGAUGAGCUCAAGGACAUGCAGACGGUGCAUGCCGCAGCUCUCCAGGAAGCGGACGAGCGGCACGCGAGCGAACUGAAACGUGUGCAGCUAGAACUCAACGCGGCGCAGGGCGACCUGAAGAGGACUAAGGACUCGCUUGCACAGCUCCAAACCGGAAAAGAGGCCGCCGACGCCCGCAUUCAAUCGCUGCAGGCUGAGCUUGCUUCCGCCUCAGACCAAGCCAAGCAGGAUGCCUUGGACUCAAGUGCUGUGAAAUCCUCCGAGACAGCGGCGCUCCGAACGAAGAUCGAGCAGCUGGAGCAGGAGCUCUCAGACAUGCGCAACGCUCACGAUCAGUCGCAGACGGCCUUUGUCGAGCAAUUUGAGGCUAUCUCGAACCAACACGAGGCCGAUAAGAAGGCUUUGGUCGAGAAACACGUUGACGAGGUCAAGCAGCUCACAAAACAGCACGAAGAAGCAUUCGUGCCGCUCCGAGAGAGGCAGUUGGAGGACAUGGAUAAGCUCAUGGAUCUGCAAGACAAGCUUGACGAGGCGGUGCGGGCACGCGAUGCCGCCGCUAAGGAGCUAGCUCUGAUGAGGUCCACGGGAGCAAGCGCCACUCCUACCACUGCAGCGAAUUUGCUUGAGGGACAGGGUAACGAGAACCAGACGAUGAGCGAUCUGGAGCGACUCCACGCUGCGCACACCGAGAAGGUCGCUAUGCUUUCGAAUCAGCAUCACGAGCAGCUCGAGCAGAUCUUGGCCGAACGCCGCGCCGAACGUGAUGAGCUGGAACACUGUCGUCGCGAUCUGCAGAACGCCAAGCAAGAGGUCAAGUUCCUCACUCAGGAACAAGAAGAGGUCGACAAGCUCAAGCAAGAGAUUGGAGAAUUGGAAGAGCGACUGAAACAGGCGUUGGCCAGCGCUGCUGCAGCUUGA